GAUCUGACGUGGUUGCCCGUUGGUCCCACAUCAUCGUGGGAAUACCACUGGGUCGUUCUGAAGGCCAUCUUUAUAGGCAUUUCGGACGGCUUCCACGGCAUCUUCGUGGACGUUCCGGUGGCAGUCGUCACAGAACCGAAGGCGACGUUUCGACACUUGUGGAAUAUCGCGGACACUGGCAUAGAUGUGGUGAAUCUGUUCAAAGCAGAUCGACGGCAGUCGCCAACUGAGCCAAUGGACGAUGGACAGUUUAAGGGUAAUUUCGACGACUUCGAAGCCACGGUGCUGCUGCUUCGGCUGAUCUUGACAGUACUGUUCGGUUGUCUCCGCCUCACGGCCAUGAUUGCGCGGACGCCGGACAAGCCCUGCGAUGAAAGUGACGGGGACGAGGAGGAGGACAGCGAGGACAGGAGGCUUCUGCAUCGACCCCAUGCUGUGCAUGCGAUAGCGGGUGCAAAGCCAGCUACAGUGGGUGCUGCUUUCGCUCAGUCGGAACGGCCUGCGUCCUGGUGGCCACUGGCGACUGCGCUGUGUUCUGCGCCUGCAGGCUUCGCGCUGCGGCGCAGUCACAAAAGACGGCGCCCCUGCCUGGCAAUAAACAAUGAGGACAUCUACAUGGAUGACUUUGUCAGCCCAGGUCAGAUGUUGAGAUGUCGACGAUCUGAACAGCGUCAUCGCCUGUUGCCUGUUCUGUCGAGUGGCUGGUCGCGUACUGACGGCUUGCCGCGAGGCCAGGAUGCAGGCUUUCAGUUCCAAAACAUGGGCCCUCUCGUUGGAUGCCCACCAUCGCUUUGGAUUUACUUUGUCGGCAGCAGCGCAGUCCCAAGUCGCUGCCCUUGGCAGGUUCAAGAGGUGAUGCUACUUUUUGAGCAAGUUUGUGACUCCACGCAAAGCUACAGCCUGCUAACCAGCGCUUCCGGCUGCAUUGCGUCAGAGCAUUGGCGACAAGACAGCGGGUCAGACAAGGACGUACCACCAGGUGGUCCGACGGAUCGUCUGCAGCAGCCUGCCAGUGAGUGCUCAGCCUUAACUGCCCAAGAAGUUCUCGGACGGUAUGACCUCGUUGUAGCCACGGACGAGGGGACACGGGCCCGCGUGGCUGCUUUGGCUGGUGGUGACGACGAGCGGCUCUGCUGCUUGGCCGACUUCUUGGACGUGUGCUCGGUGCAGGACCAGAUUUCCCAGCUUCAACUCCUUUGGGAUCGGAAGGGCCUUGCUUGUGCUGUUCGGCCAGAUGCGCGGAGCGUUGGCCGCGCCAGGAGCUUAGCAGACCUGGACGAUGUGGACAGCUCUGACUUGCUGCUCGUGGCCCAAGCGUUGGCGGUGGCAGGCCGCUUUUUGAUCUCGCAGUUUCCACAGGGCUUGAAGGACAGGCUCCACCCUCAUCUCGUUCCCAAAGGUAUCUGA